UGGAGGCGGAAGUGCCCGCUAGGAGACUCGCUCACACGCCCUGGGAGUCAGUCACUUGUCAGCACUGACCCGCGCCUGAGACAGCACAGCUCCUGCUCUCUAGGUGCUUUUAUUACCUGAAAGUAGACUUUGAACCACAAAAACCAUGAGCAACUACAGUGUAUCCUUGGUUGGCCCAGCUCCUUGGGGCUUUCGACUUCAAGGUGGAAAGGACUUCAACAUGCCUUUGACCAUCUCUAGUCUAAAGGAUGGUGGUAAAGCAUCUCAAGCCCAUGUGAAAAUAGGAGAUGUGGUUCUCAGCAUCGAUGGGAUAAGUGCUCAGGGAAUGACGCAUCUUGAAGCCCAGAACAAGAUUAAGGCUUGUACAGGCUCUUUGAACAUGACUCUGCAAAGGGCGUCUACUACACCAAAGCCUGAACCUGUUUCCGUUCAGAAGGGAGAACCCAAAGAAGUAGUUAAGCCUGUACCUAUUACAUCCUCUGCUGUGCCCAAAGUCACUUCCACAUCCAACUUGGCCUACAAUAAGGCACCACGGCCUUUUGGGGUUGUAUCUUCUCCAAAAGUCACCUCCAUCCCAUCACCAUCAUCUGCCUUCACCCCAGCUCACGCGACCUCUUCAUCACACGCUUCCCCUCCGCCAGUGGCUGCUGUCACACCUCCCCCAUUUGCUGCAUCUGGACUGCAUGCUAAUGCCAAACCUAGCGCCGACCAGCCUUUACCUGCCUCGAGCUCUGUUAAAACUGCAGUUAAUGUCCCACGGCAGCCCGCAGCCACGAGCCCGUAUGCCAGUGACACUGCCCAGGAGCUAGCUGAGGGGCAGAGAAGAGGAUCCCAGGCUGACAGUAAACAGCAAAAUGGACCAACUCCACCUAAACGACCACCAAGGAAGCACAUUAUCGAACGUAAUACAGAGUUUUACCACAUACCCACUCAUAGUGAUGCAAGUAAAAAGCGAUUGAUUGAGGAUACUGAAGACUGGCACCCAAGGACAGGAACCACACAGUCCCGUUCUUUCCGGAUCCUGGCUCAGAUCACUGGCACUGAACACCUGAAAGAAUCAGACAGUGAUAAUACAAAGAAGACAAACAAUAUUCAGGACCCCUCCCAGCCUGCAUCUUCUUCAGUGGCCUCAGCAAGGAACGUUUCCCAGGGCCCAGAAAGUCCUGCUGCUUCUAGGCCCGGAGUGGCCGGCCUCACCACUGCAGCAGCUUUCAGACCUUCAGGAUCCACAAAUGUCAUCAAGUCACCAAAUUGGCAGCGUCAGAACCUAGCAGCUCCAUCAACUGGAAGAAUCUCAAACAACAUUACUCCACCUGGAGCAGCUGCACCAGUUAGCCCAGGCCAGCCUCAGCUAAAUGAACAAGACACUUACGUGCAGAGAGCUGAGCACAUUCCAGCAGGGAAACGCACUCCAAUGUGCGCCCAGUGCAACCAGGUCAUCAGAGGACCUUUCCUAGUGGCGUUGGGAAAAUCCUGGCAUCCAGAAGAGUUUAACUGUGCCCACUGCAAAAACACCAUGGCUUACAUUGGAUUUGUGGAGGAGAAGGGAGCCCUGUACUGUGAGCUGUGCUAUGAGAAAUUCUUUGCCCCUGAAUGUGUUCGCUGCCAAAGGAAGAUCCUGGGAGAAGUCAUCAACGCUUUGAAACAGACUUGGCAUGUUUCCUGGUUUGUAUGUGUGGCCUGCAAUAAGCCCAUUCGAAACAACGUUUUCCACUUGGAAGAUGGUGAUCCCUACUGUGAAACGGAUUACUAUGCUCUAUUUGGUACCAUAUGCCAUGGAUGUGAAUUUCCCAUAGAAGCUGGUGAUCUGUUUCUGGAAGCUCUGGGUCAUACCUGGCAUGAUACAUGCUUUGUGUGUUCAGUGUGUUCUGACAGUUUGGAAGGGCAGACCUUUUUCUCCAAGAAGGAUAAACCAUUGUGCAAGAAACAUGCUCAUUCUCUGAAUUUCUGAAAGGAAACAUAAUGACAAAGAAGAAAAUAAACUGAAGAGUGAAAAGAAGAUGGAAUGUACUAGUAGCUAAUUUUUCUUAGGCUAAUAUUCAUAUCACUUUGAAAGAAUGUGCAGAAAGGAAAACUUUUUAUACAUUUAUAUGGAAAUAUUUGGACAUGUAAAGUGGAGAGAGGGAGAUGGCAUAGAAACUCAAGGUUUUUCAAGGCAUUUUCUGCCCAUGAAAUAGCUAUCAGGCCUCUAUUAACUAGCAAAGAUUGUUCAUCUUGAAAGAAUUGGAUAAAGAAAUAUUUCUUUUUUGAUGAAUGGCAUUCUUUAUGCUGAGACCUCAACACAUGCUCCUCUCCCUCCUCCCAGUCAAUGCAAGAUCACAAUCAAUUUAUAGAUGGAUGUUGAGUAAAUCUGGGGGAAAAAAUCUAUAAAAACGCCUCAGUUGUCCCAUCUGCAUGAGAAAUUUAAAAGCAGACAAAAUGAGACUUCUUCCUCAAGUUAACUGAAAAUUUCAUUAGGUGAUAGGUGCCAAUCUUUUUUUUUUUACUUUCUGUGUAGCUGUGCUAAAAACUGAUCACUUAUGGAAAGAAAUGGCAAAGGAAUUUUGGAUGCAACAUGUGCAAAUGUUUUAAGUGAUGUAUUAAUGAGGAAAGCCUUUUCCCCUCAUGCAAGCAUCUAUUGGAACUCAUACAUAAACCAUGCAGGUUAACCUUUUAGUAACAUAAGACCAUCUGGUUUUCAUUAUAUGCAUCUUCCUACUGGUACUGUGUUCUACUCUUAGCCUUCCCUUUCCCCCAAGAGUAGAAUAUGAGAAGGAAAAAAAAAGUGAAUGGUCAGAAAGUUGAGCCUUUCUCCCUUUAAGGGAGUUGGGCAGGUAAAGGAAGAAAGGGGGGAGAGAGAGAGAGAGAGAGAGAGAGAGAGAGAGAGAGAGAGAGAGAGAGAGAGCGAGCGCUUUUGCAGACCUUCAGACACUGUAUAAAUGAUAGUUGCUAUCUUAUUAAAUUUUGGAAGGUUAUAUACAUCAUUGGUACAAAUCAAUUAGCAGAAAAACUAGUUUUGGGUCAUAUCAACACCUUGUCAAAAAUGUGCUUUCUCGUUUAGUGGCCACAUUCAAAUUUUUUUUCAACUUUCUGUGUAGCUGUGCUAGGAACAUUAUUUUUGGAAAGAAAUUCUGAGGAAAGAUUUUAAGUCAGUGGAUUUUAUCUAAAAGAAAAUCUCAACAUUUUCUAGAUUGAUAAAUCAGAGCAACUUGUGAGAGUUAGACUGAUUGAUUAGAGGACAAAGAGCUUUACUUAGAGACAAGAUUUUUCUGUAAUUACAGAUUUGAAAAUUACUUAGAAUGUAGAGAAACAUCACUUUUGAGAUGUGAUAAAAAUAUAUCCCAUGUUCUUUGAUUGUUGAGGGUUAAAAAUAGUAAUAAGUGAAUUUCUUUUCAAAUUAAAUGCAAAAACAUUUCAUUUGAGAGUUUUGUGAUAUUAAAGCUGGAAAAGUGAUGACUUAUUGGCGCAUUAUUUGCUUUCCAUAUUUAGUGACUAAAAUUAUGCAUAGAUCUAGGGAGAGAGAAAUCAUGAUCAUAUUAGUUGGGUGUCCCAAAAGUCUUAGUGCAGUUUAAACCUGAAAGCUUUAAAUUGCCUUGAGAUUUUCAGGACACUGUAUAUAUUAGUUCAGCAAGAAAGAUGCAGGGCAUUUAAUGGUUUUUUUAGUUUAGUUGUUUUUUUUCUCCUGUGUGUUUCUAGUGAACAGAGGGAAGGUCAGAAAGUGCUUCCUCAUGGUUCUAAGUUUUCAUUUUAGACUUGUGGGGCAUGAUGUUUCUCAGAGGGGAUGGGAGGGUAAAGUCCCUCCGCAGGCCCAUCACUCCCUCCCCUGCCUCCCUUCCAUUGUGAGCCUGUUUGUUCUGGAGUAAAGGUUGAAACUGCCCUCUUUGUUGAAACUCCUGAACUUGAAAGGCCGCAGUGCUGACAGGCUGUUAAUUUAUGGUCUUCACCAAUUUAUGUUAUAUGUGGAUUAUGAUUAAUUGAAAUAAAUCAGAAGGGGGAGGUGUGCCGAGCCAAAAAGCAGUGGAACAGCUCGUGGGCUCUUAGCGUUUAGGAAGGGGCGAGCGCAUCCUGGGGACUCAGCCGGCUUCUCCAGCCCUCUCGGCUGCUGAGCACCUGCACGGGGGCCUCUGGCACAUCCUGCCUCCCACAAAGUCUGCAGCUUGGGAGCAGUUCAAAAUGUGUCUCUGACCUGCUUUGCUGUGCUCUGGGCCCUUUCUCUGCGCCCUCUUUUGUUUUGUUUGUUUUAGAACUACGUGCCAAGAUCUUAUUCAGUAGUCUAUGACAUUUGUGUACUUUGUGAAAAUUCUUGCCUGGAAUUUGGCUGAAGUUAUCAUGCUUUAAGGACUUUUUUUUUUUCUUAAUUAAAGGAGUAUCUUCCCCCCUCCCUCCCAACCCGCAUUUCUUGGAGAUCACGUUGUUGCAUUUCCCCUAACGUCCAUUCUUCCUGCCAGGGGAGAAGCUGCUGCCGAAUUUCUAAUUCCCUUUUUGUGCUUUGUCUCUCUAGUAACUGAGUAGUUAGAAAUGUCAGAUUAUUGGCAAAUCACUAAUCCCAUGAAAAUAAGUUCUAUCUACUGCUCAUAAACCAGAAGGAUUUGUGUAUUUUCUCCCAAGAAAGGGUAGAUUGUAAUACACGAGGGUUAAUCUUUUAAUACCUGGCUGGUCACUUUAUUGUUCGGGUUAUCUCCCUGAGUAUUUAUUGUUCUGGUUAUAGAUAGCUUCUAGGUCAAAACAGCCUUUUCUGUUUUUGCUGCUUCUGUGUAGUUCAUUUACUUUCAAGCUCUCUUGAUGUAUAUUUUUGGUUGCCAAAUUUGUAGCACAAUUUAACAACGUACUAUAUGGCCAUAGAUGGUGACUGAUCACUGGGAAUUUUCUGAGUUCCAUGAUUGAAUUACUGAUCUAGGCUCACUCAGUAUUUUAGUAGGCCUCUAAGGGUCAAAUCCUGUCCUCCAAAGUAUAGCAGGUGUUGCUACCAGAAGCCUAAUUUUAAAAAUUCGUCCUCCUACUUGUGCAUUUAAAUGCUGUAAAUUUCAGGUUCCCCAAGCCAGGAGCUCCUUCUCCUCUACUGCCCAUAAUCCCUGAUGGUUCAGACUUCAUAUUAAAGCCUAGGACUAAACUAAACUUUAACUCUCCGAGCAAUGUUAGAGUAUGAGCUCAAAUUAAGACUAUAGUCUUUGAAUAAAAAAAUUAUUCAUGCAGCAUUAUCUAUAAAAUUAUUUAUAAUGAGAAUAUAUUAAUAUACAGAUUUUCAACAGGUGAGGUACUCUAGCUAUAUUCAUUAUGCACACUGCCUCCAAGGAACUUUCCCUGUUUUUGCUCUUGUGUGAACUUAGAUGUAAUUAGAACAAGCUGCCCAUAUUAGUGUGGGGUAAAUGUCUCAGAACAUGUAUUUUGGAGUGCAAUUUCCUCAGCUACUUUAGGAAGACAGCUUUGCAAGCAUAUAAAAAUAAGGAAAAAUACACAAAUUGGUAGAAAAAAAUUACUGCGCCAUCAAUUUUAUUUCUGCUUGAUUUGUUUAAAAGGUUUGAGUGUGUCGUUUUGCUUCUCUAUUGACCUCUGACUUUUGCUCCUUUCUGUUUAUGUUUCUAAAAACUGUAUUCUAAUCAGUUUUGCUUUUGGAUAAGUAUCCUAAUGAAAAUGCAUAUAAGCGGCAUGCUGAGCAAAACAAUGCCUUUAUGUACAUAACAAAUAAUAAAUAGCUUCAUAAUAAAAUAGGUUUGGUGUUUCAGAAGAA